UGAUAUAAGGAACAACUUGUCCUUCGCGAAUUCUGGUAGCGACCGCUACCAUGGGUGGGCAUAUGACUAGGGCUAUUGAUGCCCAGAUCUUGAAUCCAGAUGUUGCUCCUGAUUAUCGUAAUCCACCAAAAUUUGAUCCUAUGUUAGGAUUUGAAAAUGGAAGAAAAGAAAGAGUCAUGAUGGUCAGUGCAGAAGAUAUGGAUGUUGCAAAGGUUCCUUUGAGACAUCGUGGUUACUGUGCCCAUCUAUAUAUAGACUGGAGAAAAUGUAUGCAGGAUCAUUUCUUUAGGCCUUCUAAAUGUGACCAUCCAAAACAUGACUUUGAAAACUGUGAAUUUGAAGAUUAUGUGUUAAGAAUGAAAGAAUAUGAAAGGGAAAAGAGACUGCUUAAACGUCAGAAAAGAAUUAGGGAAAAACAAUUACAAGAAAACAUUGGUGGUUAAUUGCAUUUUAAGUAGAUCUAUUUUUUUGUUUCUUUUCUAUUAAAGUUUUGAUGACUUAUCAAA